AUAGGCAUGUGUUUAUUAACUAUGAUCUAUAGAGUGAUUUUGGUAUCAGGGUGCUAUCUGUGACGUCAAUAUUAGCGACGAUGUCGCCUAUUGCGUUAUCCCGUGAGCACAGUGAUGAGUUGUCAGGUAAUUCGGAUAUUUCGAUCGUUUGUUUGGAUGUGUUACGUGUAGAAGAUUUUGAUGACCCGGGUCGUAGUGAUCCUACUGAGUUUGUUGCUGGAUUGAUCAGAAUAUCACCUCUUCAAUAUCGGAGUCUUGAUUCGGUUACUGAUUCUAGUUUAUACUUAUUCCCAUUACAUCGCAAAGAUGAUGUCAAAUCGUGGUUUAUAUCAUCUCGUGCUUCUGGUAUUGGUCGGCUACCCCGUCGUCGUACUAGUCGUACCUCUAUUCCUACUGAUUUAUGGUCAUUGCAGCACAAGUCUCGUGUGAUAGCUGCGUCGUGGAACCAUGCUACUGCUAGUUAUUCUAACAAGUUAUUGGUAUCUAUAACUCAUGACAUGUUAGCUCACAUUUGGCGUAUUGGCCCAUCACCGUCAUCAUAUUCUAUGUUAGUCCAGGUAGACAUCGGUGAGCGUUCAUUUGGCCCUGGCAUCCGUUGUUGUUGGAUUGGCAUGGACAUUAGUGUUUACGGCACGGUUUUUACGGAUAAGGAGUACAUCAUAUUCCACGAAUUAUCCGAUGAUAUGCAAUAUACGUCUGUCACUGGUGGUGACAAGCCAGUUCCUUGUAGUUUUGAGGGAUCUGAUUCUCCUUGUUCGGCACAUCGUCAGCAUUUUAAGAUAUUUGCUAUUCACGGCAUUAAUUCCGUUAGUGGCAAAGUUGAUGCUUGUUGUAUGUUAAGUCACCAGGAUAUGUUUUUGCCUAUAUACAUUAGUGAUUUAAAAUCUGCUGAUAUUUGUGGUCAUACUAUGCGUUCUGGUGUGGUGACAUUAUAUGCUGCUGACAGUUUACGUCCUAACAAGGUAGUUCCUCGUUGUAGUUUCCAGAUGAGUCGUUGGAUAACUAUGACAUCUCGUAGUAUAACUCCGCCUAUUACUGAUGAUUUUCAUGAUGAUGUUCUUGGAUCUCAGGUAGCUCUUGGUUUACACAAGUUCGUUCCACCGUGUACUAUAGACGUUGUUAGCGAGUUGGGUCUCAGCGUCCAGUUAAUUUUGACCCCGUGUGAUUUAUUUUUAAAAGACUGCAACUUAUCUUCUGGUGACAAUGUUGUUGGUUUGGUUGGUCGAUAUUUAUGUCAUGCAUAUUCUCCUCAAUUCAUUAGAUCUUCAAUUCCUGGCUUUAAAUCACUCCGUAGUUCUGAUGAGGUUGUUUUAGAGCGUUUCCGAUCUUCCAAGAGCUUAUCUAUUGUUGAGCACAUCUACAACAAUGAGUGGUUUUUAGCAUUUCUAUUGUACAAGACUGGCAGACUCGAGUUAUAUCGUGCCAUUUGUUACAACCAUGCUAUAUGUCAGCGUACUGCGGUAUCACUACCUGAUGUCUGUGAAGUCCUUGGUCUCAAGGUUCUGAAGCGUGCUGAUUCUAUUUUGUUGGCUGCUUUCGUCCAUGACAAGGACGGCAGCACCCAGUUUGCUAUAUACAAUUGGACUGUAAACUCCAUUACCCUGGAGUCAUCAUGGCCAUUUACCCUGCAUGGCCACCAGAUAAUACAGGAAUUUCUUCAAUGGUAUCCGGGCGGCCCGUUCUACUUGAUAAGUUCCUGUAUAAUGGACGGAUGCAAUGCGAUCCAAGGCAAACUUCACGUGUACCUGGUAAUGGAUUCCCGUAUGGCCCACUUUCUGAGCAUUGACAACGGUGACCUUUAUGACGCCUUCUUGGGGGAGACUCUAUCCAUUCAGGCUUGCGUUGGUGCUGAUCGUUAUUCCUUGGUUAACGACAGGCUGGAGUCCUUUAUGGGUGACCGUGUGGUGUCCGUUUCUAUAUCUGACGGUUCUGACUCAAUGGCUGACCCUUUACCUAUAUACCAUCCCAGGUACUUCAAGGUAUUCACAGAACUAGGUAUGCGUCGGUUUGUUGAUGAGCUAGUCCACAGUCUCGUGUGUCUGUAUAGAGACUUUUUGCGAUUAUUACAGGACACCAGUUCAUGUUCCGUUUCAGCAGGUUCUCUUUAUGCCUGUGACUGCGUUAUUGCUAAGGUCCGUCAUUUGGAUCUAUUCCGUGAAUUUGACCGUCAGCAUACAUUACGGUUCUUAUAUACCUUUUCUACCUUAAUUCAAUGUGAUCCCAGUCACCUGAUUGGUGAGGUCUAUACAGCUCCUCCAAUGGAUUUCCAGGAUACAGUACCGCUUAAUGAGUUAUUACUUUAUCUCCAGCACUUGCGCAUGCCAGGCCUCGCUUGGGAUGAGCAGAUUGAACUCAUGAGAGUCAUUGAGGGUCUGCGUCCAAAGGACUUUAGCGAUUACUUUGGUGCUGCUAAACGUGUACCUGAGACUGUUGGAUCUGGUGCUGAUACUUUAUCUAACUUUUUACGUAUGACUGAGCCCAUGCCGUCGGUUGACACUACUGUUGACUUGGGUAUAGACUUCCGGAUAUCACUGGACCCUGAGGUUACCGAGGAUACUGGGCAUGUAUCCUCGGUUAAUAUUGCUUGCCCCCUAGUUCGUAAAGCCCAGCAUUUGGUUAAAUCCGGUGAAGACGAGCGCACUGUGACAAUGUGGCGGCAGAAUGACAAGCUUGUGGGUUUAGUAUUACCCCCGAGGAUAACUAGUGACUGCUUAUGCCUAAGUCGCUGUGUUGACUACAUUAAAUAUGGUCAUGCUGAUGAGAACCAUUUGGUUUGGGCUGUAUUGUAUCGUGACGACCAUAAUUUGUUUAGUAUCAUGACUCAGAUGAUGGACACUGGUGACGACCUUGCUUUAUGUCGCAACAUGUUAUCCAUUAUGAAGCACGUUGGCCUUGGCUACUGGCUUAGUACUGCAUCUUCCCUGGAUACAUUUUGUGGUAUCCUCGAGCGUGGUUUCCGUAAACUCAUAGCUGUAACUGACAGUGGUUGUGGAGUUGAGGUAUUUGAUGAGUUUGGUUUAUGGUCCAUAGUUCGUGGUAAGACUAUGGUAUACGCCUGCGUGUUGAAGGCCAAGGGAUUUCAGAAAUUGGGUGAAUUUUUAUGUAACGACUUUUCUGAGGACAGGUGGUCUAACGCUGCUGUUAAGAAUUCGUAUGCUUUAAUAGCUCAGAAGCGUUACUUGCUUGCUAUUGGAUUCCUUGUUCUUGCUGGUCGCAUGACUGAUGCUGUUGAUGUAUGUUUCCAGUAUUUAUAUGACGCUCAGUUGGCAUGUCUUCUUUGUCGUAUUCGUGGUUUCAGUCUGGAGUAUGCCUUAGGUCAGAUGCAGCCAUCUCGUGUAAGGGACGUCCUGGAGUAUAAGCUAAGCUCUAAGCGUGGCACUCCCAUAGACGUUGAGACUGUUGAGCACUUGGUAUAUUACCUUUAUAUGUCAAUUCGUUUUGGUCAGGAUGACUGUGAUCGUAUGGUUACCACAGUUCGGCAAUGUGCAUCUCAAUAUCGUGUUUCUGGGAUGCCAGCGGUAGCAUGGGCUUUAGAUUCCUUAUUCUUGGUUGACAAGGCUACUUCAUGGCGUCCAUUUGUAUGUCGUGCUACUUUACGAUAUCUACUGCGUGAGCCUAGUUUCUCAGCUUUACAGGACUGUCUCAGUGUGUUACAUGAACUUUGUGGCGAGAAGAUACACCAUGUUGGCAGUAACGUGUCUAACUAUGGCAGUGACCGUUGUGACCGUGGUUUGAGUGACAUUCGUGUAACUAUUAGUGAUCUUGACGUCGAAUUCCCUGAGGAAGUCUUGAUAUUCCCUGAGUCCAAUGGUUCUCCCAUGGGUAUUGGUGAUUUGCAUGGUUUCCAGUUACACUUGAUAACACUGGUGACUGCCCUAAGGUCGCGUUACAGUCUUGAUGGUGCUACAUACUGUUCCCUGGGGAAGACUUGGCUAUCACAUGAGGUUUUCAAUCGCAUCUGGUCGAUGCCCAAUUACUUUUCCUAUUUGGGCACUGUUUGCAUCGGUUUCUUUGAGGGCAACACUACUAUUGACGGCAGCAGUUUGUUAUGCUUGAUUUUACGUGCAUUAUCUGAUGACCAUGAUGAUUUCAGUUCAUGCAUUAUAUUAUCCCUGGCAUCAUUGCUUGCUAUAGCUUGCUUUGACCGUGGUGACAUGGACCAGAUAUACGAUGCUUGUGUAGGCCAGCUUGUUGUUUUGAACAGCUUCGUGAACAACCAGGGCUCGGUAGCUCAAUUCUGUGCCUGUCUAUUACGUACCAUCGAGCCGCUAUGCUUCGGUGCUCGUCCUCGUGUUCUUGAGCCUCAGUGCAUCAAUGUAUUGAGCCACAUUGACAAUUCUCCUAAGCAUACCUUCUUUGGUAUAUGCGUUGGCACUGCUAUUCUAGAGACCUUGCUUGGUAUAUGUCGAAGCUGGAUAUACAAGGGUGCGGAGCACGCUGAUUCUGUAGCUCAGACCUGGAUUGACCAUAUCUUGUACUCCGCAUCUCGUUAUUUGCAUAAAGUGGUGAAGCCUGAGAUAAUUGAGGAUGCUCUUGGUGCUGCUGGCAUUGCCUAUUCCAUGUUAUCCUUGCGUUUGGGUAUCGACACUCCUGUUGAAUUCCAGGUUGAUGACAAGGAGCUUCGUGUAUAUGAUUCAUUUUUAGAUCGUUACGUCGCUUCUGUUUACGGUCCUGAAUUCGAGAAGUUGUGGCGUUUUCUUCAGUGUGGUUUGCGUACAGCUAGUGUAUUCAGUCGUCACGUUCGUUUGGGCCCUUCAGUGUCCAAUGCUGUCACUGAGGACCACUACAAAUCAAUGUCUGUUGAAUUUCAGGGCAACGUCGACGUUGGCAUAAAGCCAUCGCCAUUACUUAUCCCACUGAGUUCCAUGUUCACCACACCUCAGAUGUGGAACCAGGAGUUUGUAUCAGCUCAGGCUCGUAUUCAUGGUAAGCAAAGCCCGCGUAGCGAUGCCAAUUGUGACAUUGCGGUGCUGGAUGCACUUCGUGCGUUACUCUUCAAGGCUUUGCAUAACUUCAAGGGUAAACUUGUAUCUACUUUAUACUCUAUGUUGAGCACUACUUUAUAUGAGGAUCUGAAGGGCUUGACAUGCAGUACUAUGAUAGGUCCCGUGCUGAAUGAUUUUUACAUGUUGGCUAUGCUUAAUAUUCCUGUAUCUAGUAAACUAUCAAGUUUAUCAGAGGAGUUGUCAAGUACUGUUGAGACUGUUCUUUAUUCUGCUAUAAACGGCACUCGUGCCGUUGGUCCUUCAUAUGCGCUUUAUGUGAAGCUAGUGCGCAUAAUGUAUGUAUAUUGCAAGAACCACUUGGAGAGUGUCUAUUCCAUGAAGCGUGUAUCUCGUCUUAGUGUGUUUGCUGGUAAGGUUUACAAUUACUUCCAUCAUUGUAACGACAAGGACCAUUACGUCAGCGGCAGUGCUGGUGGCAUUUGUGGUCAUCCCAGGUUACCCCUAUAUGCUGUAGUUUAUGGUGAGAACCAGGGUGGUCAGAUGCCGGCGUACAAUGUAUCAAUUCAGCAUCCCAUAUCUGUGAUGAGCGGCUAUCGUGAUGCAGUGGGUGAGGGUACUCAGGAACACUGCUGUGAGGACAUCCUUUAUGACCGUGUAACUGGCAAGCGUCUUAAUGUUGGCCAGGGUUCGGUUUUUGGUGAGUUAUCUAGUCUUGCUUGGUCUGGUGACUGGUUAUCUGUUCUUGACCGUAACGGCUGGCUUUUGAUAUACAACACUAGGAACAUGGUCCAUAUGAACGGUGAGGACGCUGAUAUCGCUAUUCCAUCUAUUUUCUUUAGACCUCACAUGUCUGCCACUGGGUUAAGUUGGCUUUCUGAAUCUUACAUCGCAACUGUUGGCUGUGGCAUAUCGCAAGAUGCGAUGACUGCUAAUGUCAUUGUGAUCGACACUCGUCAGGGUGACAUAUCUCCUGCGGUUUCAACAUCCUUUGGUAAGGAGCACAGUUCGGCAUCUAUGGAGCUUUUGGAUAACUCUAGUUCUGUGCGUAAUGAAACCGAUCACAUAACGCGUGCGGUCACUGAGCAUCGUCACCCCUGUGUUUGCAUUUGGGACCUCGUGGACGUCCACAGGAACAACUGUCCCAAGCUCAAGGUUAUUUUGGCCAAUAGCUCUAACAUCCCUCAUUCCAUAUUCAACAAGAAGAAGCACAGCGUUGCGUUUGUGCGCUUCACUUGUGUAUUAUCUAUCCCCAGCGUGCAUAUGGAGAACCACAGCACUGAUUCAUUGGACCACGAUCUUGUUAUUUUCGAUUCUGGUGGCAAUAUGCUAUUCUAUUCUUCAGCGGCUCAUAAGGUAACUGUUACUUGUAGUGCGCACUCUAGUGCCGUUGCUAAAUGCUUCUAUGUGAAUGACCACAUAGUUGCUGUAUCUCAGGAGGGUGCCAUUGUGAUGUACAGGUACAACGGCAUUUUCUCCGAGCCCACUCGUGUAUUUGAGGGCGUCCCUGAGCCCAAGGCAGCUCCUGUGGAAUCAGGUUCUAAUGGCAGUUUAGUUGCUAGCCUUGGUGAGUACCUGGGCAUUCGUUUUUCUGAUUCUAGUUCUCGUGACCAUGGUAAUGCAUCACUAGGGCCUCGUGAGGUUGUGGAUGCUCAGAUAGUCCACGGUCGCUUUCUGGUUCUCACCACUGCUGACGGCAAUGCCAGUGUAACUGAGUUGCCCUGUUAGUAACUCGUGUUAUUAAAUCUACUAUUUAUA